UAGCGUUUUUUAUUAUAAAUGCACUUUAUACAAGUUUCAAAGUUUUAAGUAUUGUAAAGAAUUCCAUAGCUGAAGUUGGUACUUUUGAUAGUAUUUUGGCAAGUAUGAAAAAUAUAUCUGAAACUUUUUCAAAUCGUCCAAAGGAAAUCAUAUAUCCAGAUAUUGGUAAAGAAUUAGUUGGAUUUGUUGUUAACCAUGGUCCAAAGAAUGAAUACCCGAAACAAUUGAGAAAUGAAUUUAGGAUUGACGAGAAACUGGUUGUAAAAAAAAACAAAGUUUUAUAUUAUAUUCUCUUUAAAAGCCUGCGUUUGUCGGGUUUAACUUCAAAAUCACUACAAGAAACAUCGCAAAAAAUCAAUUUAAUUUUGUCGGAUUUAACUUCACCGAAAUCAACACAAGAAACAUCGCAAGAAAUCAAUUUAUUGGAGGAUAUAAAGUACAAAAAUGAAAAUUAUUGUGUUUCACGAAUCACUAUUAAACAAAAAAGUUGA